GAGCUCAGGGGAAGGGGAAGGACCGAGGGAGGAGUGUCACAGGCAAGUUUCACACUCUGCUCCUACUUUUUUUUUUCUUCUUUGAGUUCUCUCCAUCUCGUGUAAACCUGAUUGAAGCAGAAGAAAUGGCACGAAGUAUCUGCAGAACCCUAAUCGCAUUCUCCCUCAAUAACACUGCAAUUCUCCACAAACCCCCCAUCUCUAAUUCCAUCUCUGUUCUUCUCUUCUCUUCGUCUACACCCAAGAAAUCGAAACCCGCCAUUCCCGUUGUCGAUUACUUGACCAAGCAACACCAGUUUUCACUGGAAGCUGCGUCGGAAGCCGCAUUGUUCAUACCAUAUAUAAACAACCCUGAAAAAUCUGAUUCCAUACUCUCAUUUCUCAAAGAAAAUGGUUUCUCCAAAUCCCAUAUCGAUGAAAUUCUCAAGAAGGGACCCUAUGUUCUCUGUUCCAAACUAAACGAAACUAUCAAGCCUAAGCUCAAGAUUCUCCAGGACCUUGGAUUUUCCCAAAAUGAAAUUGCUGAUAUAUUGGCUGCUAAUCCUUGGAUCUUUACGAGAAGCUUGGAUUGUAGACUUGCACCUUCCAUUUCGGUGUUAAGAAGUGUUCUAGGACCAAGUGCUGAUGUUUGUAAGGCGUUAAAGGUUUCUGCUUGGUAUUUGAAGUAUGAUUUGGAGAAGACAAUGAUUCCCAAUAUAGAGUUUCUUCAGAGUUGUGGGGUUAGUUCGCAACAAAUUAUUGGUUCUGUUUACACCUUCCCUAGGCUUUUAUUGCAUAAGCCUGAGAACUUAAGGGACUUUGUUAAGAGGGUUGAUGAAAUGGGAGUUAGUAGGAAGUCCAAGAUGUAUUUUUAUGCUGUUCGAACACUGAGUUCAAUGAACAGGGAGAAAUGGGAAAACAAACUGAAGCUUUUUAGGAACUUGGGAUUUUCAGGGGAUCAAGUCUUGUCUCUGUUUAGAAGGGCGCCUCAUGCUUUUGCUGUAUCUGAGACAAAGAUUAAGGAGGUUUGUGAGAUGUUCCUUGCAAGAAAGAACUUAGAUGCUUCAUUUAUAUUUGAGCAUCCAGAGUUGCUGAUUCAUAGUGUAAAGGGAAGGCUAGAACCCCGUUUUGCAGUUUUUGAGAUUCUGGAAAGGAAGAAUUUGCUUAGAAGAAAGCCUAAAUUAACUACACUUCUCAAGAUUUCGCAACAACAGUUCAUGGCCAGAUAUGUUCUUCCCUAUUCAAAUGAGCUUGGAGAUGUAUCUAUGUUAUUGAGGACUUGAAGUGGGUGAUUCACAUGUAAUCCAUUUCAAGCCUCCAGGGUGAAGUUGCUGAGUGGAUCAAUUUUACAUUUUUAAUGUUCCUGGCAAUUUAUGAAUUCUUUGCAUGAGUUUCUCUCAUUGAACGGCUAGUUCCUCCUCCCUUGCUAUGCUUUUCUUUUAUCAUAUUAAGAUGAGUGGUGUUUAAAUAGCUAGACAUUCCAGUGCCACAUUUUU